UUUACAGUGUACUACCUCCUGAAACUUGGAUAUGUGGGAAAGUAAAUAUGAUCAGAAAAGACAUUUGAUGUUGAACUCUAUUUUAUAGGUGGAGAGUCAAAGAAGCCCCUAUGUGUUAGGGUUUUAGCUGUUGUGAGUUAAGUUUGAACCUCUAAUGUAAAGCUCUUUGAUGGUUAAUGCCUGUUCCACCACGUUCAUUGACAAGAAUCACUAAUACAGUAUUACCGAUUUGGCAUUUACUAUGUAUGAGUAAUGCUACUUAUUCCCACACUUCUGUGAAGUUGUGACCAUUUGUAUACUUCAGAAAUGGGGAGAAAGAGAAAAAACAAAUCAUCAAGAGGUUCCAAAGAAAGAAAGACCAGAUCAGAAAUGGGAGUAGCAAACCAAGAUGCUGUAAUUCCUCGCCGCAAGAUCCGACAUGUCAUCAAUUCUUGCAAGGAGGAAGGGAUUGAAAUUCCAGUCCCAACCAGAGCUAGAGACUUGCCAGAGAUUGCUAAGAAGAUCGAUGCCAAGCUCUGUUACUGCCUCUCGGAACUUAAUUUGCUGUCUGCUAGUAUUUCAUCGGUUGAUGAGGCGGUUGCCACUUUCAUGCAACUGGUGGCAUUGUCCAAAGAAUCUCUCAUAAAAAUCCUUGUGAGAGGAGAAUUUGAUGAGUAUCCUGAUGACAAGAGCAUGCACGGCACUGCAAACCUGGCUGAGAUGUACAAUCAGUUCAAGGAUGAACGUGGCUGGCUGCAUUCCAGCUUUUUCCGACGUGACCUCAAAAGUAACUUCCUACAGUCGGAGAUCAACUACUGUAUGUUUACUCAGCAGGUGGGAAAAGCCAGUGGUCUUGCAGCAAAACUUGCCGCGGAUCUUACAGCAGAUCUAGCCGUGGUGGAACAUCACCAUGAUUCCUGGUUUCUGUAUAUGUUCUGGUAUUACGUGAUCAUGCAAGUAACUCGUUCUGUGUUAAAGACUUAUCUAUCAAGAUAUGUUCAUCUUUGUAUCCAUGUUGAGUCACUUGUUUAUAAUAUAAUGGACAAGAUGAUUCAGAGGUCGUAUCAGUGGACGCAUGAGAACUAUUAUACCGUGAAUGUGAAUGAGGAAAAAACGGAUGAGUUUUUUUCCGAGUAUACUAGACUUAUGUCCAAAUGCAAUGUAUUCAUCCAUGGAGUCCUUGAUGAUCCGGAAAAGCCCUCUACAAUUAUUGUAGACGGUAUUGGGGAGAUUGUGGUUGAAGGUCUUAGGAGUUACUCGCGUGAUCUACUAUCUGAAGCCUUUAGCGUCAGAAUGCAAUCAAUUGCAUUUCGGAAGAUACAUACAGAAACUUUUAUUGAAGGUAUGGCUUCUCAUUUGCAGUCGAGUGUACGUUGCAAACCUUCUGGACACAUACAUGGAUUUGGAGAUGUUCGAUAUGCAGAUCUUGAAGAGGCCACAUUUUGCUCAUGUAUUUGAGGAUAUGCUUGAGAACUAUCCUUUGGCACGCAAGGGUCUUGAAAAGAGAAUCAAUAUGCUCAAGAAAGCUAAGGAGAUUUGUGAGGGGAUUAUGGAUGCUUAUGAUGAGAGAUAAUGCUAGCUCUCUUUAUAGCCAGCUUUUUUGAUUUUUCUUUCCUUCUUUUCCUGUCAUUUUGCUUAUAUGCAUGCUAUUCUGUUCUUUU